AUGACUUCUUUUGUAUCCAACCUUGAAAAGAAUCAUUGCAAAAAACAAAGUGAUACGGUACACCAAAAGCAUUUAUUGAAAAGUUGUAAAGUUGUUCUGGAGGAUGUUUGUUCUCUUAGUGUUGCUGAAAAGCUUAAGACCACAGUUCCUGCUUCGGUUAAAAUCCACAAGGGUAAAUUGUGUCGCACAGAGAAAGCGCAACUUCAGAACUUGGAACAAAAAAAACCCAUCCUUUGGGGUAAGAUGAAUAACACACGUUGGAGCAAAUUGGACAGUCCUGUGCAUAGCAACUUAAAUACUUGUAAGCAUCCAUCUAUUACUGAGAAAGUAAAAACACUUAAAACCUUAAUUUAUGAAGAAGGUUCGAAAAUAUUUGGUUGUCAAUCUUCAAAACAAAACAAAAACCUCUCUAAUAUUAACAGGCGUACAAUUUGUUCUAUAAAUUUAGUGAAGGAGAAGAAUAUUAUUUUAGCGCAGAUUUCUUCGUCAUCCAUCGAGCAAGAAAUAUCUGCCUUGCGACAACUUUUACAUCAAUCUAUUUUGGACAACCACAAAUUAUGCAACUUGAGUGACGAUCUUCACGACUCUUCUCUGCCGGUUCUGCCAGGUCUUCCACCAACUCCGCAAAUCAAAAAACCUUUUUCAUCUUCAACCUUCAAAUUUUCUGACUUUGCAAGUGUUUUACAUAGACGUAGAAACGCUUCAGCCCCCGGGCUGAACGGCAUAUCGUACAAAGUGUACAAAAAGUGUACAAAUAUUUUAUCCUUCUUGUUUAAUUAUUCUGUCAAAGCGUCUGGAAACGCAUAUCAUCCACAACAACAAGUUAAUACUUCCAUUCAAAAAGGGUGCAUGGAGAAAGUUCCUGGCUGCUGGGAACACAUGUUAUCGAUUUGGACAGCCUUGAAAGAUGCACGCUCGGAAAAAGCUGACCUCGCCACCAUUUGGUUAGAUAUAGCAAGUGCGUAUCCAUCAAUUCCGCACAGAUUAAUCUUUUUUGCUCUGGAAAGAUAUGGCAUAUCCCCAAGUUGGAUUGCCAUUGUGAAGAAAUACUACUCUGCUCUAUACAGCAAAUCAUUUUCUAAAUCUGCUCCAAGCAAAUGGCACCAACACCUUAAAGGCAUCCUUGCAGGUUGUACAUUGUCCAUCAUUCUGUUCCUGUCUGGUAUAAAUGUUGUCUUAGUAUAUACACUGGCAACAUCAGUCUCUUGCUACAUUACAUCAGCCAAAGUUUCCUUACCUCUGAUAAGAGCCUUCAUGGACGACAUUAACCUUAUGUCUUCUUCAGUUCCUGGCAGAAAGAUACUACUUGACAGGUGUGUCACAGAUCUUAGCUGGGCAAAAAUGGACUUCCGUGCAGAAAAAUCCCGCAGCUUCGUUAUCAUUAAGGGUAGAUCAAUUAACAGCGCACCCUUCAGCGUUAUUAGACCUGACAACGCAACUGACUUAUCUCCCUUUAUCCCGUCAAUUCAUAAUCAACCUGUACGUUUUUUAGGAAGGAUUAUCGACGGUUCCAUUUCUGACAGAAAGUCAAUCGACGAUCUGGAAGAAAAACUCAUUGAUGGACUGUCUGUUAUUGACAAGUCCCUGUACACAAGUCCCCAAAAACUUUGGAUCCUGCAACACCUUUUAAUUCCAAGAAUUCAAUGGCCACUUUUAAUAUAUGAAGUUUCCAUCUCAUCUCAACUGCUGCCCGCCUUGAACAAAUAG